UUCAUUGAAUCUGCGGAUUUCAUGACGUUUCCCUGCGUGGUCCAACACUUUUCUCUCUGCCUGUGCUUUUUUAUUCCGCCCGGGUCUUCCCCACCCCACCCCCUGCUGUCUGAUCUCCUCCAGGUCUCAUUUAACUCUGUCCUAGCAACACAGAGAGAAUUGGACUUGAAUACUGCACCUGGCUGUGUAUGUGGGGAAGCCAAGCUGGAUCAAGAGGUGGGCGAGCAGAGGGGAGGAUGGAGGCGCGAGAGAGCAGCUUAGGGUCGAGAUAAAACUGAGCAUCAUCAUCUUAUUGUUUAAUCCAUCAUUGAGUGAACCAUCAGCCAGCAACAUCCUGCUCCAUUCCAAAAAGAAAAUCAUGAUCGAAUGAAAACAACGUGCCCCAAACAGGAGAAGCACAAAAGAGAAAGAUGGCCAAAUUGACAGAGUCGAUGACUAGCGUAUUUGAAGAAGACUCAAUGGAGCAGGACGUGGAGAGCCCUGUCACGAUACAGCAGCCAAAGUUGCCCAAACAAGCUAGAGAGGAUCUUCCAAAACACAUAAGCAAAGUAUGUACCAAGAGAAAAAUUCAGAGGUAUGUUAGGAAAGAUGGGAAAUGCAACGUCCACCAUGGGAACGUGAGAGAGACUUAUCGUUAUCUGAGUGAUAUCUUCACUACCUUAGUCGACCUCAAAUGGAGGUUCAACCUUUUGAUUUUUGUCAUGGUUUACACUGUGACGUGGCUCUUCUUUGGAAUGAUCUGGUGGCUAAUUGCUUACAUCCGAGGUGAUAUGGAACAUAUAGGAGACAAUACAUGGACCCCAUGUGUCAGUAACCUCAAUGGGUUUGUCUCGGCCUUUUUAUUCUCAAUAGAAACAGAAACCACCAUCGGGUAUGGUUAUCGGGUCAUCACGGACAAAUGUCCCGAGGGAAUUAUUCUGCUUUUAGUUCAGUCUGUUUUAGGUUCUAUUGUCAAUGCUUUCAUGGUUGGUUGCAUGUUUGUGAAAAUAUCCCAGCCCAAGAAGAGGGCAGAAACCCUGGUCUUUUCUACCAACGCAGUCAUUUCCAUGCGGGAUGGGAAGCUGUGCCUGAUGUUCCGAGUAGGGGACCUUAGGAAUUCACACAUUGUGGAGGCAUCAAUACGAGCCAAGUUGAUCAAAUCUAAACAGACAAAGGAGGGGGAAUUUAUACCACUCAACCAGACAGAUAUCAACGUAGGUUAUUACACAGGGGAUGAUCGUCUCUUUUUGGUUUCACCACUGAUCAUCAGCCAUGAAAUUAACCAGCAGAGUCCUUUCUGGGAGAUUUCCAAAGACCAGUUGCCCAAAGAGGAACUAGAAAUUGUUGUAAUUCUAGAAGGCAUGGUGGAGGCAACAGGAAUGACAUGCCAAGCUCGAAGUUCUUAUGUAACCAGUGAGAUCCUGUGGGGUCAUCGUUUUACACCUGUCCUCACGCUGGAGGAUGGAUUUUAUGAAGUUGACUACAACAGCUUUCAUGAAACAUACGAGACCAACACACCGUCUUACAGUGCCAAAGAACUGGCAGAGAUGGCCAGCCGAGCAGAACUGCCCCUGACUUGGUCUGUGUCCAGCAAAUUAAACCAGCACGCUGACCUGGAAACUGAAGAGAGGGGAAAGAACCACGAAGACCAAACCGAAAGGAAUGGUGACGUGGCAAAUUUAGAGAAUGAAUCCAAAGUUUGAACCAGCAGAGGUUCACCACACAACCUCUUUUUUCUUUUUGAUCCUUCCCUUUUUUAUUAUUAUGACAAGAAAAGAAAUAUUUAAGGUUUGACAUGUCUACCUGCCCAAACAAAUCAAGUGAUUCCUACAAUAAGCAAAGACGUGAGUUAAAGCUGCAAUAUCCCUUAUAUACAAUGAAAUCUCUGAUCACUGCCCUUCCAAUAAUUGCAUAUUUCCUCUGGAUAAAUACAAGUUCACGACCACAGGUGUGUUUAAAAAGGAACCAAAAAAAGGGGGGAGGGGGGACAGGGGGAAAAACUCAUUAUCUGGGAUAAUAAAAGGAAAAAGACUGAUUAAUGUUUGUUAAUGCCGUGGGCCUUGGCUCUAAUUUUUAUAUAUUUCAAGACAGUUUCAUAAACAGGAUGUGAUGCCUCCAAUGAAAAAGGGCAUUGCAGCUUUAAGACUGAGGUGAGCAGAAAGAGCGGCAGCUCAACAGGAUACUGUACAUAUGCCUUAUGUAAUUACUUGCUCUUUAAAUUUCGUAAUAAACCCAGCAUGUACAAAAGUACUGUAGUAAAGAACUUCUAAAUAAUGUACAGAGAUGUGUAAUUAAUGUAGGUUUCGAUACAUAAGUCUAGAAAUAUUGGGAUGCAAAAAAUUGAAUCGGCAUUUCUGGUUUAAUCUUUGGAGUAUGUUAGUUUCUUCCCUGUAUAUCUGGCCCUUUUUGUGCCCAAUAUUUUCUUCAGUGUACCAGACUGGCAGCUAGUUAGAAGACCUCACUGUCUCCCUAACAAAUCAUUUUACGGAUUCUCAAAAGCCAUAAAAGUCUGGGGGAGGGCAGGGUGGAGAAAUUGAAACAUUACUGAGAUACUGUGAAACUGUUUACAAAAAUGAUUCUAUCUUUUGUAAUAUUACAGGGUAAACCAUUCCUGGCUAUUUUUGGCAGUUCAGCCUGAAUUAGACUGUGGCAGACUCUUGGAAAACACAAGCAUCUCCGGUAUGCUGCUAAUACAAAGAGCAAGUUCAUGUUGGGCUAGGACCCUGUAAGUGCACUACCGUGGGAAACGAUUCUUUUUUUCCCCAAACCACUGGAUUAAAACUAUGUAGUUUUCUAUGUAAACAGCAUAAGCCAUUAAAAAUUCUGAAUGUUAUUCAUAGGUAAGUAGGGAACACUUUUAACUACUUGGUCUGGGAAGACAUAAUUGAAUUUCAUCUAAAGUUGUCGUCAAUGAGAUUCAUUCAUUAACAUCAUUAGCACUUUGUUGGUCCUGAAAAUUCCCAACAGGCUUUCUGGCCCUAGGUAAUUUUCGUCAGGGUUUCUCAUAUAAAAGCCCACUCCUGACAUCUCUAUUCAAAUGAGUAGACCCUCCCACCCUUAUUCAUAUUGGGCCAAAUCCUCAGCUGAUUUGAAUAAUUUUGAUUUGAUGCAACAGAACUAUGAUGAUUUGCAUGAUUUACACCAGCUGAGGAUCUGGAGCAUAGAGUAGUACCUAACUUCUCAAAUACACUCAGUGUGAGGUGACUCACAGUGUAUGGUAUUACUCAAUGUAAGGAUUGUUGCAUCAGGCCCAGUGUGCGUAAAAUAGUAUUAAUUCAAAUAAAAGACUCCCAUAGACUUCAACGGGCUUUGGCUCUGGCCCAUAAAGAGUACCAUUUCCCUCAGUCAAGAGAAAAACAAACUGCAGCCUUAAUUUUCUUUUGGUACCUGCCUAGUCUGGAAAGGAAAAAUACACUGAAAAGAAUUUAAAGGGGGUUUUUUGUACAGAAGCUUUUAAAUUCAAAUAGAAGGAAAAAACCUCAGGAGAAACCUAGUGGGCAGGUGGAAAUUUUGCACUGUGAUAUAUCCUUCACAUUAAUUUCACAUCUAUACACUGUUUUUACUGCAACGCAAUUGCCCAUCCUUAAUUUUCAUUGAGUCAUUAAGAGUUGAUUUGGCCCCUACAGCUAAGAUGGUCUCCAGGCGGAGGUUUUGCACACCCGGAUCACACCAAUCAAAACAGCUAAGCCUCGUGUUUGCUUUAUUUCUGAAAAUUUUCCUGAACAGGUUUUCACAAAGAAGCUACUCGUACAAUUCCACAAUUUAAGCAAUUGUUCAAAAGAUAUAUUUUCAUCCCCUCCACUAGGAUGACUGAUUUCAUCAGGUAGUUACAGAUUGCUGCUUAUUUUCAUUUAGUUUGGCGAAAUAAAACUGGUUUUGCUACAGACUCUUAAAAUACAAUGGUACCCUUUGUUUACUGACACAGUGUCAGAACCUGCUCAGUACUAUGGUUUAUACAGCACACCCUGUUUUUUAGGCUGUUCUUGAGAGCCAAGGAAUUCACACAGUAGAGCAGGGUGUAUGCGUGCUUCUUAAGGUGUUUUAAAGGAAGAGUCACUCUGAAAUUUCAUUGGAGAACACUAGUCGCACAUCAGAGAUAGUCUUCUAAGGGAGAGCCCCGUAGCAAAGAUACUUGCUAAAAGUAAUGAAGCACCACCUGUGGGGGGGGGAGCUCAGUCUGUGUGUGUCAGCCUGUAGUCCUAGAGCAGAGUACAUGAGUUUAAAGCAGAGAACUCCUCAUAGGAUUAAUCUGCUUUUUGCUCUUGUAAUUUACUGGGCCCUUCUAUAAUCCAUCGCUGCAGUUUAAGAAGAGCUUCUCGUGUUCAAUAAAACAGCGGCUUUUAAACCUUUUUGUGCCCUUUAGUACAAAAAAAUAGACUUUAUGCUAUUAGGGCAUGUGCAUGGGUAAGUUAUAUUUUUGUGACUAGGGCACUUAAAGCAUAAGGUCUCUCUCUGUCUCUCGUUGUCUUUGCUAUUAAUGUGGUAUGAAAUGUAAAGUUUACAAAAACUCUCAUUUUUGUAAUGUAAGCUUAAAAACGAAAAGUCUCCAAGGCUUUCAACGGGAAAGCUUCACAGAAACUUUGUACUAUAAUGUCCCUAUCAAACACCUCUAUUUUUCUACAAUGAUUGAUUAAGCAGUUUAACAAUGUAUUUUGUGUCAACAACUUCAACUGAACUGUUAAAAACAAUUAAGAAUUGAAUGCUGUUAAUUAACAAUGGAUUUUCAAAGCUGACCGUACUGAGUUGUGUUUUUCAUUACUACAGUAUAUACAUUUAUCUGAUAAUUUUGACUCAUGCUCUUAUUAAAACAAUAUAUUUGGAAAUGCCAAUGCCCAGUAAUAUUGUUGGCAAAUCAAAUUUAAGGAACAUAAAUAAUGUGACAUUUUUAUGUGAGUAGCUAGCUACAUAAGCAACCAAAAUCCAUCCAAAGCUCCUAUUUCAUGUUCAUUUUUCUGCACCCACAUUUUCUGGGUCAGAUCAUCAGCUGGUGUAAAUUGGCAUAGAUGUACUGACUUUAAUGGAGCUACAUGAAUUUAUACCACCUGAGGACCUGACCCUCCAUUUUUAUUUUAAGGCAAGUUCUGGUGUAUUAUUUUAGGAAUAAAAAUGGUAUUCCUUAAAUUACAACAAAGCUGGCAACUCUGGGAGUUGAACUUCUAGGCCCUGGUCCUGCAAAUACUUAAACACGUGAGUAACGUUAUGCACAUGAGCAAUCCCUCUGAAAUCAAUUUGUGUGAGCAAAGUUACACACAAGUGUGAGAGUUUGCAGGUUCAAAGGCAUAGUGAGACUGGUAGGUCUGUUAGGAUCACAGAUUCCAUCUGCAAACAAUUUUCAACAAUGCACAAAUUUAAGAUUUGGGGUAUUUUUGGUGUACGUUUCAUCAAAAUCUAUUUUGAAAUUUUUUGCUGAGUGGCAUUUAAAUUUGAAAGUGGAAACCCUAUUUAUAACUUUAAAAAGAAAUUUCCAUAUGUAUAAAGUGACUUUCUGAUCACAUGACAAUGAUUUUAGUCACCCUUUCUAUUUCCCACUAGGAGAAAGUAUAUACCAUUUUCUUUCAAUAAUACUGGAAAGGCAUGAGCAGGAGGUGGCACUAAAUCUUAGAGUCUUAAUUCAGACUUGCUCCAAAUAGUCUUGCUGUAUUCAAGAGGCUGAGAUGUAACAACCCUUAUUUUGUAUCUAGUGGGGAUUUCUAAAUAAGAUACAAUGGAAAAAUGUAUUUCAGUAUUUUCUUUUCUCAAUACAUCUUUGCUUUCAGGCAGUUUUGAAGAUGGUUUGUCUUCUGAAAUUCUGAUACUAUGUGACAUCAUUCUGAUAACAUGAUGCAAAUCAUAUACAAUAGAAGAAAUACAGCUGGACUCUCACUAUGAGCAGGGGCGGAUUAGGGUUUUGUGGGGCCCCUGGGAUUUCCCCCCCACACACACACACCCCUAUCACAAUGCUCCUGCCAGGGAAAUGGGUCAGGGCACAGGGGCUUGCCCCAUUCCACACGCUUGGCACUCCUGCUGGGGAGUGGGGUCGGGGGCUUUCCCCAUUCUGCCUGGCAUUCCAGCUGGGGAAUGGCUUGCCCCGUUCUGCCCACCCACCUGCCCCCCGUGCCGGGUGGGAAGAGCAGGGAAAGCCCCCAUGCUCCGAUCCCACUCCCUGGCUGGAGCACCAGGCAGGCGGAGCAGGUUAGGGUGUGGGGACAUUCAUUUUUCUGGGGCUCCCCAAUUGGCCAGGGCCCCUGGGCACGGGCCCCAUUGGCCCAGUGGCUAAUACACCAUUGACUGUGAGGAAAGGGAAUGACAUUAAUGACAGUUGGGGGAACUAUUUGACACAGACUUGGACUUUGUGAACUAAAUUCUUCUUAAUGCAAGAGCCUAAGGAUCCCUCGUUUAGUUUAAAGGAUUGUGUUUCAUGCCCCUGAACAAAAAUUUAAACUAAAUAUUAAAAAUGUAGACACUAACAAUAUAUCCAUCUUCCCUCUCUCCCACCCACCACUUCAAACUCCACUGGAUUUCCAGAAUCACUUGUAUGGGUGACUAUAGCGUAACUGAGUCCUGCUUCACCAUUAGCAGAUGUAUUGUAAGCAAGACCCAAGAAGUAUUCUUCCACUCUACUCCACACUGAUUAGGCCUCAGCUGGAGUAUUGUGUCCAGUUCUGGGCACCACAUUUCAGGAAAGA